AUGCGUUUGAAGUUUGCCCUUCUCUUUCUCAUCUUGGUAGUUUACUCUUUCGCGUAUAAUCCAGUCAAAUCAAACGAUAAGGAUAAAGCUCUAGCCGACAAUAGCAAAAAAGUAAAGGUCAAAAAGGCAGAGCUGACGGCUGCUCAAGAUGAAGAUGAUGAAGGUAGUAAGAGUUUGGACGAAGUUGAGGAAGACGCAGGAAUUGAUGAUGAUGAGCAAGAUGAUGAUGAAGAUGUGAAAGAAGUUCCAAAGAAGAAGUCGCAUGUGAAGCAAAAAAAAUCAAAGAAACCUCCAGCGAAAAAAGAUAAAACCAGAAAAAGUAAGAAGAACGAUCAAGAGAUGAGACCAAUACCCGAAAGUACCUCUAUCCCAAACAUGACGUCCUUUGACUUUUUUGAAAUGGCUCGAGAACAUCGAAUUGACAAACUUCGCGAGAUAAUCAAUGAUACUCCAACUGGUGACAUUGCCAAAAUGAGACAGAUCACUGAAGAAUUGAAAGAUGAAAUUGAAGAAGAAGAUGAUAGUAAUGAGUACCAGGCUUGUAACGCAGACACUUCUCCCGAUAACGAGCUUUGCCAUUGUGAUGUACACGAAAUCGACUGUAGUGAGAUAACCAUGGAAAGCGGUGAUCCGUAUUUGCGCACAUUGGAUGUAGCUAUCAUGAAGAAAGAUUUUGAGCCAAUUACUGCAAAGUUCACAAAAAACAAGAUUAGUCGACUGCAAAAUGACAAAGUACUCCCUAAAUUUGAGAAAUUUGUUUCAAUUUUGGAUGUCUCUUACAAUGAGAUCAGAUUUAUCGACAAUGAUGUUUUCAAGCCAUUCACCAAUUUGACAAAGUUGUAUUUGUCUCACAACGUAUUGCAAACUGUUAAAAAAGACGUAUUUGACGCUGCAAAAAACACCCUUCAUCGCUUGGACCUUGGCUACAAUAGAAUCAAGGUGGUCUCUGACAACUCAUUUGAUACUCUUUCCAAAUUGAAAGUUUUGUCUCUUGAUGGAAACCCAAUUAAAGCCUGGAGGAAGGAAAUGUUCAAAGGACUUGACAGCCUUGAGGAGCUCAGUUUGGACAAUUGCAACAUUGAAAACCUUCCAGCUGACAUCUUCGAGUACCUUCCAAAACUAGUGAAACUUUCGCUACGUGAAAACCCUCUUGAGGAAAUUCCAGCAGUUGUUGCGCAUUUGAAGUCCUUGAAAGACAUAGAUUUAAGCGUAACAAACCUGACUGAAAUCCGCGACCACGCAUUUGCUGGGGAUUCUGACCUGGAAGAGAUUAUUCUUGAAAAAAUGCCGUUCUUAACCGUUGUUAGAGACUGUGGAUUUUGUGGUCUUCCACAACUGAAAACGUUGAUAUUGAAUGACAACAAAUAUCUACAAGAGCUUCAUCCAAAUGCAUUUGGUUACAUCAAAUCUCAACCAGGACACAAGUCGGCCGCUAUUACAUCAUUACAAAUACAUAAUUCGAACAUUAGUACAAUCAGCGAGCACAUGGUAGACUACGACAAUCUUAAAACUUUCCAAGUCGGCGGAAACCCAUGGAAUUGCAAUUGCGAUACCCAGUUCAUGUUGGAAGAGAAGUUCGCAUUUAAGCAAGAUUCUGUUGCGCCAAAAUGCACAUCCCCCGCUGGACUCAAUGGCCGUCUUUUGGUAACUGUAAGAGCGUCUGAUGCUUGCGAGGAUGCUCGAUUCCUUGGAAGAUCUGGCCGAUUCAGUUCUGUUCUCGGACUCGCAUUACUGGUUGGCUUCAUUGCAAUCGGAACUUACUACAUGGUUUCGUCUGGAAAGCUUGAGAGACUUGUUCGAAGAGUGAGGAAGGAACCAGAAGUUACUUACACCAAUUUGCAAAAUGCCGGCGAGGACUUUGCUCUGGAAACCGAUUUCCAGCCAAGACCAGCUGAAGUAUAACUCAAUACUCGCUUAAUGAUUACUGUUCCUCGAUAUUAAAUCUUACGUCUACAAUUGGCGUGUUUACCACACCGGUUCAAGUCACCAGCCUGCCUACUUGGGCUCUCUUUUGUCAUGGUAUUUCCUUGAAUUCCCGUAUUUUCCCACUUGUCUGUGAUUUUGAUUUUGUCUUCUUUAUUUUCUAUUUCACGUCUCAUUAAUAUUAUUUGUACUAUAAAUACUUUUGUUUGU